AAAUAAGAAGCCAGUUGAGCCUACAUAUUUAGUAGCAGCUACUUUACCACCACCUUGAACCCUGAACUCGAACUUAUCAAAAAACCACCAGAUCAGGAGCAAGAGACAAACAAGAACCGACAUGACUAUCAACGGACACUCAACUCAGCAAGAGAACAACAACCAUGAGAUCCAACCAAAACAACUCCAAGAACUCGACCUGAACGACCAGCAGAAACCAAACAACGGAAACUCGGCAGAAGAAGAAGACAAACCAACAGCAACUAGCCAACAGGGAAUCGUACCACACGAUGGCCAACUACUCGACGCCGUCCUGCCCAUCAGAGCCAAGACGCCCAGCCUAGGAGUACCCAAAAUACUAGCCAAGAUCAAGGAGACCAAUCCAGACUGGCAACUAAGCGAGAAACGAUUACGGAAAUUCUUAAACUCAAACCUAUUCCCACACUCAAACGAAAGAAACAACAGCAAUCCCAGCAACACCAACAGACUCUCAGACCCAUCAUCAGCACAUCAACUCAGAUCACCCUCCGAACCCAUGUGGAUACCCAACUAUGCUUGGGAGAAGGAUUGGGAGGCUGCCUCGGUCGACCACUCUCCCAACGAACCUAUCAGCUCAUUGGAUGAUACCCUGCUCUUAGAAUGCAGACAGCGCUCGGUUAAGAUCGAACCCGUCAGAUUCCCAGCCAGUAAUAAGGGUAGCGGCUUGAUCGCCAAAGAUCAUCUAGCUAAAGGCACCCAAGUCAUGAAGGAGGAUGCAUUCGUCUGGGUACCUCCUACCAAGAACAUGUCUCGUUCGGUCAUGUCCGGCCAGAGCUGUGCAUUCUGUGGUCGAGCGUUUUCGAUGCAACGCACAAAGGCACAGCCGAGCUGUCCCCACCAUCCAGCACCGGGUUCCAAGGAGGCCAUCGCAGCCCAACAGUUGAUGGUGACCACCUCGACCAGUCUGACGACCGGUGGUCAAUCGGUGACCGAGAAACCGGCUGGACCCGAACCCUGUUACAUGCGCUACUGCACCCGGGUCUGUGCCCAACGAUCGGUAGACUAUUUCGGACCAUUGGUCUGCCCACAGAGGAAUCCAGAGUACAUGCAAUUACUCCGGUUCACCGAUGCCGAAGACUUCAGAGGCGCCCACAUGGUCUUCAAGAUGUUUGCACGGAUGUUGAUCGCUAACGAAUCGGGUGAGCUCGCCGAGAACCCAUCAUUUAAACCUGAGCCAUCCAAGCCACUCCCAAACGGGGGCUCGAUCCAUAACGGUGAAUCGGAAUCACAGGAGCCGAAUGGCUCGGACGAUCCGGUCUCGGCCGGCGGAAAUAACCCAAAGAAACAUAAGAAACCUAAAUCGAAAAAGAAGUCGCUGGCCAACCAGAUCCCUCCAUCGACUGGCCCGAGCGUGAAGUUUGAAGAGACCUACAGUCGAAUCCAAGGGCUCGCGACGAUGUCUGAUCGAGCGCGGCGGGAGAAGUACCAUGGAGGGGGCCAUCUGGGCUCCCAUUUUGCCGACGUCCGGUACGGUCAGAUGUGGAGGAACGGAUGGCAUGCGGUCAUCAAGGCCUUGCACAUCAACACCGGCUAUCGUCCUCAAGCCGCCGACCCUAACCUUCAGGUCCCCUCGACAGACUCCUUCUGGGACUCCUUCUGGAAACGCAGAUUGGACCCUGACACCAUCGCCCAUUACUUCGGCCUCAAAAGCUUUCUCGAAUUCAUCGGCAAAACCUCCCUCAAUCGCGAGGCUGAUCAUGGCCUCUAUCUCCUACACUCCCGAUUCAAUCAUUCUUGUGACCCUAAUGCCGUCGUCUUGAAACAUCCUGGAUCCGAAGACAUCCAUAAAAGCGCACCUUCUACGAUCUACGUGAUGGCUCGGAAAGACAUCGCAAAAGACGAAGAAAUCACCCUAUCCUACAUCAAUCCUGAUUUAUCUUUAGAUGCUCGACGAAGGAAGUUAUUCGAGGACUAUCUAUUCUCAUGUUUCUGUAGCCGAUGUCGAAAGGAGCUAGAACAAGAGGAAGAGCGGAAGCAUUACCAAGAGCUGAUGGACAAGAUGCGGCCGACAUGCAACGAGGAACUAUACCACCCUAAUCUGACCAGUAAUAAUAAUAAUAAUAGUCUCAAACAUCGGAUUGGCCAGCAACCGGCCACGACUACCGCUGAAACGGCAGACGAUGAGGACGAUGAGGACAUGAGCUUUAGCUGCUUCUAAAACCCUUCCAUACUUACUCUCUGGUCUCUAUUCCUUCUGUUGUCCUCUCUCUCUACUCCCCCCCCCCCUC